GGAAACUGGUAACUUUGAGAAGAGAGAAGUCUGACAUGCGCUGGUGGCUACUCACGUCGUAAGAGAAGAGAGAAGUGUGACGCGCGCCGGGGGCUGCUGACGUCGUUGGAGAAGAGAGAAGCCUGACGUGCACUGGUAGCUGCUAACGUCGUUGGAGAAGAGAGAAAUUGACGUGCGCUUGUUGAUCAUGUGUGCAACAAUUGUCCCGUGGCGGAGGCUAUGUGGGCCAAGUCACAAUCGAAUGUCGUGGGCGCUUGUGUGCUGAAUGCACUAUAAGGCUAGGGUAUGCGCCUCUUCUACCACCAAUUGGUUUUAGAAGAGUUGGUAGCGCCUGAGGUCCUACAAGUGGUAUCAGAGCCAAGGUCACGAGUUCGAUUCCCAGCGGGAGCAAUUGCUGAGGGGGAGAUUGUUGAUCAUUCUCUGCUAGCAAGACAUUAUCCACGUGGCCAAGCACUCGAUGUGCCCCUCAAACAAAUCUACCUUGAUCACCCCGAAGCACCAUACCCACCUUUGCAGCACCAGUGGACAGAUUAAAAGUUGCAUCUAGAUUGCAUUUUAGAUCUCUAGUACUCGAGGUACCAGAACCACACAGACCAAUUCCAGAACUUGGACCGAGAUCGCCAGCGGUCGACGGGGACGAGGAGCCUACACCGCAGAGCAACGACGUCGGCGUGGAGGCAGGUGAGCCCGCGACCUCUCGAGGUCCGGAUAAAGGUAAAAAAAAUAUAAAUCAGAGUUAUUUGUUUAUCAUUUUGACAAAGAAACAAAAGAUGACGUAGUUUAUGGAACUUGUAAACAUUGUGGGACCGUCAUAAAAAUGGGAGUCUCCGGCGGUUAUGGCGGUCCGGAAAAACACCUAAGGUCGAGGCAUCCCGUGGAGUUUGCCAAAUACGAGGCAAAAAAGAAGGGACGACAAGAAGUGCAAACCCAAAUUUCUCGGUUUGCUAACAGAGGUAAGGGCGGCCUUUUUGCUUAUAGCGACGAGCAAAAUAAGC